UCAUUAACGAUAGUGAACAGUUCAUUGGAGAGGUAUUUCAUGGCAUAUUCUGAAGGGCGUGAUUUCAUGUUCUGCGACUUGUGCGGGACUACGCUAACAUUGAGUUCAACUAAGCAUGCUCAAUGCCCCUUGUGCAAGCGUAAGAUAAGUGUGAAAGAGAUCUCCAGAAGACAAAUAUCUUACACAACCACUGCUGAGGAUAUUAGAAGGGAGCUAGGCAUAUCAGUAAUUCGUGAAGAAAGAGUGCAAUUGCAAAAGACAGAUGCUAAAACAUGUGAAAAAUGUGGCCACAAUGAGCAUACAUAUUAUUCCAGACAGAUGCGAUCAACAGAUGAAGGAGCAACUACUUUCUAUGUGUGCACCAAUUGCCAGCACCAGUUUACUGAGAAUUGA